GAAUGUAAAUAUAGUGAAGCGUCUGAAUGACAUUGACGAAAAAAGAAAUGAAAAAUGUCUUUGACAUAUAAAAACAUCAGAACACUUAGUAAUGCCACUAGGCAAUUAAUUAAGACAUCAUUACAUGGUGUUAGUCUUCGUUCUUCCUCAGCUUUUAAUGUUCAACACAAGAGGCCGACUAUAUGUGACAAGUGUAUAUCAUGUUCCAGUUUUCAUACAUCAAGCAAGAAUUAUGAUUUAAUGGAAUUUUUCGAUGACAGGGCUAACUGGAAAGAGAAAGAAAUUAAAACAGGUCGACCAUGGAAUAUUGAGGAAUUAAGGAUUAAGAGCAAUGAAGAUUUACAUAAAUUAUGGUAUGUCUUACUAAAAGAGAGGAAUAUGUUGUUUACUAUGGAACAGAUAUAUGAUGAUGAGGUGCUCACAGUCCCUAAUCCUGAAAGAAAGUGGAAGGUUGAUGAAUCCAUGAGGAACAUAGUGGAAGUAAUUCAAGAAAGAGAGCGGGCAAUUAAUAUGUUGGAGACGGGUGAAACAGGGGAUCCAAAGGUUAGAAAGGUCAUGAACUUUCUAGGAAUGAUAGAAGACCGAACAGAAAAAGAGUAUUUGGUUCCAAAGUCUGAAAAUCCUGAGUACCAAUUACUCCAUCCAAAAUUUGAGAAGUGGAUGAUGAAAUAUUUGAAAUUAUACAAUGAGAAACAAUUAGGAGAAGAACAACAAUUGAAAAAGACAAAACAAAAAUAUCAUGAGAGGCUGAAAAAGAAAUUCCCACACCUUACACAAGAAGAGUUAGAAUUAGGAUGGGAGCAAAAGCAAGAAGAGGCCAAGAAGUUUUCUAGUUACAAUAAAUAUGAUUAAUCAA